AUGAGUAAUUAAUGUAAGGGUUAGAGAAAGCUAAAAUUGCUUAUGAAACCAAUAAUCAGACUGGAUUAUUAUAAUCAUUAUAAAGAGAUACAUAAUCACUCUAAUAAACUGUAUUAUAUUACAAGAAAAUUAAUAAUUAAUAAUCUUAACAAAUCUUAGAAUUAUAAUACAUAUUAAAUGAGAGAGAAGAAUUAAAUAUUGAAUAGAAAUAUAUAACUAAUUAUUAAUUAAUAGAAUCAUAAUAAACAAAUAAGAUAUUCAUAGAAUAAUUUUUAUAAUUGGAAUAAAAAUAUUUAUUAAAAUAUUUUGAAUUAGAUUGAAAACAAAUUGUUGAAAAAGGAUGGUCAGAUAAAAUUGAUAUUUUAUAAAAUGAGAAUAAGAAUUUGA